UGAAAGCUUUACUUCAUAACUUAGUACACUGGGACUAGAGUUUGUUAUGAAGGAGAGCAACUUUAUGGUCUAAAUAAUCUUUGCCUACAAGCGACGAGGAGAAGAAUAUCGCUCCUGUAUUCCACCAGCAGAACGGCAGUCUUCAGAAAUCAUGGAGGAAUGUCAGAAUGGAAUGGCAGUGGACUUGUUCCUGCAUUGCUCUCUUGUUCCUGCUGUCUGCAUUGUGUUUCUGCUCUCAUUUGUACAGCGCAGAGCGAGGGCUCAGCCCUUUGAGAAUCACUUUCCAUAUCUCAGGGGUCGAUUUGGCAUUGUGGUGCCGUUGGAUUUCAUUUGCAGUCUAAGUAACCGAUGGUCUUAUGGUUUCGCAUUUGGUGCUAUUGCCCCCAGUGUGAUUCAGCUUUUCUCUGAGUCCUACACACCAUUCACUGUGCCUAACUGGGCUAAAGCCAUUCUGUACCUGGUAGGGGCAAUAGAAGUUGGUGUGGCCUACCUGCCAUUCUUUGCUUGUCUUUCAACGCCACACCGAUUACUAGGAGGGGUUUUAGGUCUUCUUUACACACUCACGUGGCUCAUUGUGAGACUGUAUGACACGAUAAGCUGUCCCUCUGGAAGGAUUUUAGGUCCUUAUGAGAAAUUGAUCAUCCUGUGGCCGUUCUUCCUGUGUCUGUUUUUCCUGCUGGGACGGUUUGUGUUUAUCAUUGUGAAGGCAGUAAGAAUCCACCUGCAGCUAACGGAUGAGAAUGAGGAGGAUCUAAACUGCCAUCAGUUCAUAUAUGUACAGACUCUACUGAAACACCCCCCUGAAUGGCCAGAGGAAAAGAGUUGGUUUCGAAGGAAAGUGUAUGACUGGGAUCCUCACUUCAAAUUCCCUAACAGGAUGAUAGGCACAUCCAUUAUCUCUUUGAUUGGCUUGUACACGUUGACCCUAGCGGACUACAGCUUGAGCGACUACACUUUUGACAAGCUAGAUGCUUUGAUAGACUCACUUGGAGAGAUUGCGUCAUCCUGUAAUGAAACUAACAAUGUGUUCUCGUCGCUCAUUCCCAGGAUGAACGAGUUCAGCUUUGUUGCAAGAAGGUCUUGGUUGGCAACAACUAUUUUUUCCACUCUGACAUCUGUUACUUACAUUUUUCACGUGCUGGUAUGUUACAGGAAACAUUUAAAGAGGUUGUGGAAGGGACAGAAAACUUUUCUUCCAGAGAAGUUCCAUAAACCAAGCCCCGCCGUUAGCAUGGCUGCUAUAACAAGAUAUUCAGGCUGGCAGAUUGCCUUCACUAUGUGGGGGUUUCUGAUAGUUCACUUUGUGCAGUUUCUUUUUGCCUUGCUGUUUGUGUAUGCAGUCGUUCUACCAAUCCAGAGGGGACACUUUCUCAGCUGGCUUUCUAGUGUAGGCAUCAUUCUGCUGACAAUACUCUUAGUGAUUGCCUUGGUGGUAGUGCAGAUUGUUCUGGUCCAAGUGUUUUUCCUGCAGGACAAACUCUCACCUGACGAUAAAGAAAAGCCCCUUGCUCUUAACAAUAGAAAAGCAUUCCACUGCUUUAAUUACUUUUUCUUCUUCUAUAAUGUGGUUAUGGGGUUGAGCAACUGCAUUUUACGCCUUUUAAGCAGCUGUAUUGUGGGUACAUGGCUGGUGUCACGUAUUGACCGGACCAUCAUGCAGCGGGGCUAUGAGUCAAUGGAUCCAGGAUAUAGUACAUGGAUUGGGAUGAUAUUUGCUGAUCAUUAUCAUAGCAACCCAGUUAUGGUGUCUUUCUGCCAUCUCCUGCUUGGCAGAACACUGGACAAACGAGGACCUGCAGAGUCCUCCUAUGCAACCUUUAGCAAUAACACUGGGGGUUCAGUAGGGGGCAGAGUCCGUGUGCGCUGGCUCCUGCUGUACACACUGCUGAGGAACCCUGCACUCAUCCUGCUGAGAAAGAGGAAAAAAAACAACCAGUAUGACAACCAAGACCCACUCCUCUUAGCCCGAGCCAUCAACUCACAGACUCAACAAACAGCUGAUCUGGUCAGCAACAAUACUCCAGAAACAGAACCAACACAGUCAGACAUCUGAAACCGGUUCUUCAGUGUGAACACAGACUCCAUGAUUCCAAACUGGAGUUUUGUGCCUGUGACUAUUGCACUACUGAUGAAAUUAACUUUUAGGGGAUAUAGACUUUGAAAAAAAUGUAUUUCGUUUUUGAUACAAAGGGCAGGAAUGAGAAUGUACCUUCCUAUAAUACAUAACUGCACUGGAUUUUAUUAAGAACUGGACUGAGAAAAUUAUACAUUUGAGGUCUAAUGCUUUUUGUGAACUUGCGCAACAAAUUUGAAUGAUUAUGUGUUUGUUGGUCAAAUAGUAUUUUGUAAUAAAGAAUGUGAAAGCUU